AUGUUCCCCACAGCGCCUCGCGGGGCGCAACCUGUUCCUCCCGAAGUCGAGAGCGCAUACGCGUGGCGACAGCAUUUGACAGAGCCCUCCACACUCCCGCCGAUUUCGGCGCAACAGCUGCCUCCCAAGCCUCCACCCCCUCCACCUCAGCGCGAUCCUCAGACCCUCCUUGUCCUUGCCGGCCUUCCUGGGGUUGGCAAGAGCACAUUCGCGCAUGCAAUAGUUGCUGCGUCUGAGGCUCCUGGAUGGACUGGCCGCAAAUGGGUGCGGACGAGCCAGGACGACUCGCGCUCUGGCCGGCGUCAAGAAGUCGAGGGCGAUGUGCGCGCGGCGUUAGCGAAAGGUGUCAACGUAAUCGUUGAUCGUGUCGACUUCAAUCCUGAACAACGGGCGCACUUCAUCCAACUUGGCAUGGAGCGCACACCCCGUCCCCGCAUUCGCUGCCUCGUUCUCACCGCAUCCGACAAGACUCUUCGCGAACGCCUGGAGGGGCGGACUGACCACCCAACGCUGCGCGAUGUGGGACAGGCUAUCGGCGUGCUCGGGCGCAUGCGCCGCGAAUGGGAAGCGCCCCGCGCCGGCGAAGGUUUCGACCGCAUCCUGACCCUGCGCGAAAGCGACACGCCCGCUGUGUGGAGUGGAGACGAGAUUGUCAAAAUCCUUCAGCGCCUCGACAGGUCCAUGCCUCCUCGUUCCUAUGGCGCGCAUCGCGGCGGUCAUGGUUUUGGGCAUCCCCCUCGUGGCCGUGGAGCAUCCGACCACAGAUCCCACAGUUAUCAUGGCCGCGGUUACGCACCACGGGGUGGCCUGACGGGAGCUGCUCUUGGCCCGCCGACAUAUGGCGCACAGCCAUGGGUGGCUCGGCCUGCACGCGACGCGGCCCCGGCGCCAUGGUGA